UUUUAUCUAGGUGGCAUUGUGAGCCCUAGCUCUUUUAUUAACUAACUAAACUCAUAAUAACAUACCGUUCGAAAUGUUUUUGGUGGGUACUUGUAGCGGUACUUUCCGACAAGUUGCUGUUGAAAAGACAAAUUCACAAUCCUUGGAUGUCGUAGUUUUGGCAGGUAUCCUUACUGGAUUUGUAAGCAUUUCUGUAGAAAUUUAUGUUUUUAUUGAAGUUAAUGACUUUUAUGCUAUCGUUCACAAGAUGUUUCCUUUUUCCCAAUUUGAAGAAGCCUACAACAAACAAUGGAGCUAG